GUCGAAAUUAAUGAUCCAGAACUAAACGAACAGCUUUCGCUGUCCACGGCUGAUCUGAGAUUUGCAGAUUACGUCAUUCAACACGUCAAUGAUUACGUUGAAAAAGGCGAACAGGAAGCAGGUAAGUCAUGAACCCGUUUACUGCCGACGGUAGCCAAAGUAAAAAAAGGUCAACAAAAUUUCCAAAUCUCACUUUAUAAAAUGCUAAACAAGAGAUAGUACCAUGUGAAAGUACUGCAGAGGUUUCGCUUGAAUUUCUCAUACCUUAGGAUUAUGUCCACAGACGUAAAAGAUAGAACUAUGUACUGAGUAAGUAGUACCAUGUGAAAAUACUGUCCAACAGAUUUCAUUUGAAUGGUCACACUGUAGGAUUAUGUUCUCACACUGAAAAGUGAGAACUACCUUGUACAGCUUAAUAAUCAGUACCACAAGAAAUUACUGCUCAGUAGCUUUCAUUUGAAUAGUUACCACUCAAACAUUAUUUUCAUCCACAGACUCAAAAGUUAGAUCCACCUUGUACAGCAUAAUAAACAGUACCACAAGAAAAUACUGCUCAGUAGCUUUCAUUUGAAUGGUCACACCGCACAAUUUUUGUCCAGACUCAAAAGUUAGACCCACCUUGUACAACAUAAAAAAGAGUACCACAGGAACGUACUGCUCAGUAGCUUUCAUUUGAAUGGUCACACCGCACAAUUUUUAUCCACGACACAAAAUUUAGAACCACCUUGCAGAGCUCCAUUAUUCACUCUGGGAGUAAAAGGGCUAAGGUUGAUUACGGUAGGUCUGAGUAGAUACUAGAACCUAUAGAGCAGAGAACAUGCCCGUCACCAAACUGGGGCCUUGUCAACACCUUGCGCGUGCACACAGCCAGAUUACUAAGGUAGUGGCAGGCAUGGUCAGCUCUUGUAUACGCAGUGUUUGGGAUGACCAGCAUGUCAUAGGGUUGUGUUGGCUGUGUGUUUUUGAUAGGCGGGCAAAGAUGACACGGAAACCUGGUGACUGAAUUCGCGCAAGAAAGUAACCUUUCAGCCUUUAGAAUUGUUAGAAUGUGAUCCAUGUUUUUUCUUUUGUUCACCAGGAUGGGAUGGAAGCGAUGAGUGGAUACGAGCUCAAUUUAAGAUGUAUCUCAUGUCUUUGCUGUCCACCAUACAACACACAGGU